AUAUAAUAUAUAUAUGUAUAUAUUUUGUAUUUUAUUAUUGAAUAUGUGUUUAUAUAUAUGUUGUGUGUAUAUAUAUUGUGUAUAUACUAUUUGUGUAUUUUGUGUAUUUGUAUUGUAUAUAUAUUUGUUGUGAAUGAGAAUGAGAGGUAGUAGGAAUUUAAUUAGUUUAGAGUUAAAGUUUUUAAAAUAAUGGUAGUGUGAUAUUUAGUUGAUUAUAUAUGUAUAUAUAUAUAUGUAUAUGUUAUUUUUAAAAAAAAUUAUGGAAAUUAGUAACUAGUAACUUGCUACUUUGUUUAAUAACUAGUAAGUAAUUUAAUAAUUAAAAUUUUAAUUUGGUUGUAUAUUGCAUUAUGUUAUAGGUUGUGUGCUAAUAUUUGAGAGUCGAUCGACAUAUUUCGGUGUUGAUCGGAUUUGCAAUAGAUAUGGCCAACUCGAGUUCGGGAUCUGAUUCAGACCCAGAGGCAGAGUGUCCAACCACAAUACCUACACGAGGGCCGACGCAAAUGAAUGAAAUAUCCAAACUAAUGGAUCAGGGCAAAAGAGUGGCCCUCGAAGUUAAUGAUAAAGGUCAAUACUGUGGAAAAAGCUAUGCGAAGAUCGUAUCCACUCUAGGAGUCAGAUGUCGGCAGACAAUAGGGUUGGCUUAUAAAAACUGGAAAGAAGUCAACCCGACUCUGAAAAAUAAAGUUUGGAAAGACAUUCAGACGGGGUUCAUUGUGCCGGACACCUUCAAACAUGAUUGUCUCAUCCUAGCUGGGAAGUUAAUGAAAGACUUCAAGAAUAGGAUGACAAAAGACAUCAUAAUGCCCGCGUUGAAAGAGAAUGAUCCGGGACGGCGGCACAAGUUCCUUACUAGAGCAUCUCAACUGUUCGGCAGGAAGAAAAGGGAAGUGUCUGAUGUUGUGGCUCGGCAAGCGAAGGAGAUUGAAAAAUUAAAAGCCGAAGUCCAAUCCCUUAAGCAGCAGAGGAACGCUGCCGAACAAGAGGAAGAAGGAGAGGUGGCUGGUGAGGCGUAUGUUCCACAGCCAUACGCUCCUCAGGAUGAGGUACAACCACAAAUUUAUGCUGAGGAGUUUAUUUCCCUCAACGACCAAGGUAUCCUAUACAAUUUUGAUGACCAUGCGGCCCUUAAUCAGCAAGUACAUCUCUGCUCUGACAACAUCGACAAUAUUGUGGCCCGAGGGUAUUUGUACGAGCAUGUGGGUACGAUCAAAGUUCACUGCCAGGAUUACGAUGAUUCACAUGCCCGGAUCAUGGUUUUGGAAAUCCUGCAAGAGGACGCUGAAAUCCCAGUCCCAAUUGAAGAGUGCAGAUAUGUUAGGGACGUAUACCAGAUGUUCCUUCCUUGGCCUAAACACUUAAUUUUAACAACCGAGGGUCCACUCGCUCAACCGCCCUCAAGACGUGAUGCGUCAAAGGGGAAAGCUCCGAUGCUUUCUCCACAAGGCCGUGGUGCACGGGAAGAUGACUUGUUCACGGAAGAGAAGAUGGCGUUGAUCCCUAAUUCGCUAAAAUGGAUGAUUCAUGAAUUCCUAAGGCUCAAAGAUAAACGUGAUAUAAUCACAAUUCCUGUCCCUCGAGGAUUCAUUGCACCGCGUACCCAGAUCACGUUAUCUGGAGAGGAUUUGCAGCAGGUUGCUACGUGUGACUACAUCGGCAACCAGGGAAUGUUGUUUGGAAUGAUGUAUACUCUUCUUUAAUCUAAUUAACCUUAUAUCAAAUUAUAGUUAAAUUAUUAUAAGGCACUAACACUUUUUUUGGCAGGCACAUAUGGGAGAGCAUCAACGGUCUGAGAAAAAUUUUCAAGUUUUACGACCCAGAGCUUCUCACAGUGCA